UCAUCAUCAUCAGUCAGCUUGCAAAUCUCAUUCGUAUUGGAAUUGCGUAUUAUUAUUAUUGGCUAAUUAUUACAUUCAUAAAUAAACGGUAGCCAGCCCACAUUUAAUUAAUUGCAAACAUGUCCUACGCUUACUUGUUCAAAUAUAUCAUCAUUGGCGACACUGGUGUUGGCAAAUCAUGUCUGCUGCUGCAGUUCACGGACAAGCGCUUCCAGCCAGUGCACGAUCUGACAAUUGGCGUCGAAUUUGGUGCACGCAUGAUUACCAUUGAUGGCAAACAAAUCAAACUGCAGAUCUGGGAUACAGCUGGCCAGGAAGCCUUCAGAUCAAUUACACGCUCAUAUUAUCGUGGCGCUGCUGGCGCUCUGCUUGUCUAUGACAUCACAAGGCGAGAGACCUUCAAUCAUCUGACCACAUGGCUGGAGGAUGCACGUCAGCACUCGAACUCAAACAUGGUGAUUAUGCUCAUUGGUAACAAGAGCGAUUUGGACUCGCGACGUGAGGUGAAAAAGGAGGAAGGCGAAGCAUUUGCACGCGAGCAUGGUCUCGUCUUUAUGGAGACUUCGGCACGCACAGCCGCCAAUGUGGAGGAGGCUUUCAUAAAUACAGCCAAAGAGAUAUACGAAAAGAUACAGGAGGGUGUCUUUGACAUCAACAAUGAGGCAAACGGCAUCAAAAUUGGCCAACAGGCAACGCCCACAAAUCCAGCUUUGCCCGGAUCCGGCGGUGCGGGUGGUGCAGCUAAUAGUGGUUGUUGCUAGGAUUAGAGAGACGGAGAGACGAUGUACGAACAAAACAACCAUUGCCGAUGCCAGCACUUGGGGAUAGCUAUAGCUCAUAGCCGAUAACCGACAGCCGACAGCCAAUAGCCUAUAGCCGAUAGCUGAUAGCCGCUUCUGUGAAAAGCUGCUAGUGACUAACUCUUAGAUGGUAGUGGAAGCUGAUCUUUUGUUUAACUUUUCUCUCUCAUUUCAAGCAAAAAUAUAAUCGUAAUAAAUUUAGCUACAAAUAUUAGCAAACCCAAAUUAGUGAAAACAUUUCAACACUAAGCGUAAUGUUAAAGUACAGAAACUAAACACGAAAAA